ACACGCGUGUGUCAGGGGAGUGGCUGCCUCAGGGCUGUGAUGCUGUUACCAACAAGUGCAGGGGGACGCCUGGGGACAGCACAGCCUCAGUGCUGCACUGGGCGAUCCGGAGCUGUGUCGCUUUAAGGCAUGUGAUACUUUCCUGAGCAGGGAUGCACUGAAAUAGGCUCCGGUACUUCCAGCAUCCUAUAGCAGUGUACGUACAGCUGCCCGGCUCUGCACUGCUUGCACUGGAGUGAAGCUGUUCCAUCUUUAAAUGCAAACUGCUCCUCAUCCUUAUGUAGUCUGGAAGCUGCAAAUUGUCUCGAUCGCAUCAGAGGUCUCAUCAAGAAGAAGGUGAUGCUAGGAGAUGAUUUAAAGGUGAAAAUGAGAAGGUUUCCACCCCUCAAGCCUCGGCCACUUUUCUGACGGCAGUGCCUGAGAGCUCAGAUGUCGUCUUUACUCUGGGAACAGGAUUUGUAACAAGAGAUUUUUUUUUUCUUUCCCCUCGUAAUCCUGAUAAAGAAGAUUAUUGGGAAGCUAUUAAAAAUCCCUUAUUGUGGUGCAGAUGGAUUUUAAAAAGUGUUAGACCUUUCCAAUGAACACUAAUAGAGUGCUCUGCUCUUGGCUGGAUUACUCAGAGAAUGGCAGUGGUCUCUGCAAUGUCCUGGGUCCUGUAUUUGUGGAUAAGUGCCUGUGCAAUGCUGCUCUGUCAGGGAUCCCUCCAUCACACUUUCCAGCAGCAUCACCUGCACAGACCAGGAAAGACCCUUUCUGUGAAUCAGAUUUUCCACUGGGAAGGAGGAACGUGUGAAGUUAUAGCAGCACACAGAUGCUGUAAUAAGAAUCGAAUUGAGGAAAGAUCACAAACAGUAAAAUGCUCCUGUCUACCUGGGAAAGUGGCUGGGACAACACGAAACAGACCUUCCUGUGUUGAUGCUUCAAUAGUGAUUGGGAAAUGGUGGUGUGAGAUGGAGCCCUGCCUAGAAGGAGAGGAAUGUAAGACAUUGCCUGAUAAUUCUGGAUGGAUGUGUGCGACUGGCAAUAAAAUCAAGACCACCAGAAUCCACCCAAGGACCUAACAGAGCCUGCAAGGAGGCAGUGAAAGCCCAGAUGAUUUAUGAGGACAAAGUAUCGAAAGUUGAAAACCAUCUCAGCAUUUACAAGCCAAAUGGAUUUCUUAUUUGCACUCUGACUGUUUACCAGAUGACAACAGUGGCUUUACUGUGUGAAAGAGAGCAUUCUGCGGAAAUAACACCCCUGGUUUUUGACAGCUGAAAAGAAAAAUGAAGAGAAAUGGUUCCUUUGCUAAAGUUUCUGAGAUUACAAAGUACAAACAACAGUAUAAGUUUGGAUCUACAAUUUACUUUAUACCAUUUAAAGUAUAUAUAUAUAUAUAUAGAUAUAUAUAUAUAUUAAUAUAUGAUAUUUUGAAAUAAAAGCCUCACUCUUCAAGAAAUUAAAUAGUACCACACUUCGCUGCAGCUGCUGUAAUUUUUUUCUUUAUUGUAAUGGUCUGGAAGAUCCCUACCUGUUUGAGAGAGAAAUGUGGCAGUGAAGAGGCAAAGCAAACCUGCUGCGGUACAAGGACGCCUAAGAGUUACAUGGAUCCUACCGAUAUGGCAUCCAGAGCUUCCCGUUCCCUUCGGCAGAAUUUUGAGGGCAUUUCAUUGUUUCACUUUGUGUUCCGGAGGCUUUUCCCCUUGUGCAAUACUAGCAUGCUGGCUUUGCUUCAUAAACAUACUUGAUACUCAAUUGAUAUAUAACGAUGAUAAUUCUAUCCUCUUCCAAGAAAAUAUUUUUAGAGCUGUUAGAUAUUCCGUGGAGAAGAAAUGGACAACUGCUGAGUGAAGUACAGUAUGUAUUAAAAGUAUAUUUGGCAGAGUUUGGUAGACUGUGAGCUCCCUUCUUAUUAAAGAUGUACCGUAUGUACAAUGUCUUCAGACUUUGUAUAGCUCGUAGAGACUACAGUAAAGUCCCAAUAACCAACUCCAAAGCUUUCCGUUGUUGGCUCACUAAUUAUUUGAAACAACAACAAAGCUCUUUCUUUCUAGACUAACAUGGGAGAGGGCUUUUGCAUAUGGUUUCUAUUCUUAAAACCCAAUUUACAGUUGGGCUGAGAUGAGAUGCUCUUCAGCAGGGAUGUGUCGGCAGAGCCAUUUGCCUCCUAGCAGUGAAUGGUCUGAGUUCACAUUUCUAGCUCAGUUAUUGCUGUUCACUGUUCAGUCUGGCCCUUGCGUUGCUGCAGAAAGAUCAGAUCUGAGGGUUCAAACGCUCAAGCCUAGAUCACAUUGCCAGGCACUUUUGUGAGCAGUUCAGUUAGUUUCAGGGGGUUAUUCAUGUGGAAGGCAUCCUGCUGUCACGCAUAAGUCUGCACAGCCCACCCUUCAGCACACCUGAUGCUACCAAAUCAAAGAGGAAUUUAGAAGCGUAGAACUCAUUUUAUCCAGUCCAGGUUCAUUUCUUUAAUAUUUCCAAUUUCCUUUCACCCUGCUCAUCUGUCUCUCACAGGACCAUGCUAAUCACUUUUAAUCCAAUGCAAAAGUAGUGGUGCACUUUCUAACCCAGAGUUGGUCAAAAUUCUCCAACUAACUUUCUUUCUCCUUCAGGGCAACCACUUCAGUCCCUGAUGUUCCAAGCAGCAGAAAUUUGUCACUAUAAUUACACUGUGCAUUAAAGCAGCUACAUGACAUAUCACGCAAAACUCCAUGCAGGCUUCCCAUGCUGGUCUCUGCCUAAUGCUCAAAGUGAAAAUGGAGACACCUCUUCCAAGUAUAGUCCUGUUAUUUCCCUUUUAAAAACAGAUCAGAAUGGAAGGGACCAGAAGAUUUUUUCUUUUCUUUGAACAGAAGCACUAAAUAGGAGCACAAGGCUCAUAAGAAGACCCACUGAAGGCCCCACUGGGUAGGCUGUGCAUUUCUGGCCGCAGAUAUCACCUAAACCACAGAAGAUCCCCAUGUCUUAAGCUGUUCCUAGAGAUGGACAUAUGUCCCUAGUCCCAUCCUCUUAGUCUGGCAGGGACCAUUGCAUGUCCCACAGACAGAGAUGUUCCCAAAAUGAGCUCUUUGCACCAACUCCAAGUUUAACUGGUACGGAUAAGAGGAAACUCUUCCUGAAUAAAUCCUUAGCAUUCCCCAUUUUUAAUAAAACAGCAGUUUAAAAAAAGAAUGAACAAGACAGGACUCUCUAGAGCGAGGAAACACUUGAUGCACUAAGAGAUAGAUGUUGCUACAAAGAUCAGGGGGGAUUAAAACAUAGGAGAGGUUACCAGUGGGAUCAGGGGCACACCUAGCUAAAUGGCCAUUCAAAAUCCCAAUGGCAGGCUGUAGAAAACAGCAGGAAUUGAUCCUAAGUUUCCUUGCUCCCAGUCUAGUGAUGAUCUAAAACAUGACUCCCACAUAACAAACUAGCCCAUGGCCUCUUGCGCCUUUUGCCACAUUCCAAGGUGCUACUACUGAGCAGCAUUUAAUCCACAGUAGUGCAUCUCGUGUGGCUCAGUAUGCAAGCAGACAACAACACUUGCCUGCAUCUAUGAAAUGCACCUGUUAAGACUGGGAAAUAUUAGACUUGCUAAAAUAUAAGAAGGAAAUGUUGUCAUUUCCACAGCAAAGUUUCUUAAGAGAUGUUUACAAAUCCUUACUUUGCCAGUGGGCAGCCUCAAAUAUCACCACACCAAAUUCCACAAACAUCUGCAUCACUUUGAAGUUCCUGCAAAAUCUGCUCAUGAGGCACAGCACUCAGAAACAGCUUUUAAUUGUUUUAAUUAAAAUGUUUUAAAGGGGGAAUUAGGAUCUUCGCAAAAAUAACAGCUAAUAAAACAUGAAGUCAAAUUAAGAGCUGGAUGCAGCUAACAGUCAUUGUUACCCUGAACCAAAUUGUAAACAGAAAUAAAAAUCUCCAACCCCACCUGAAGUCAUGAUGAACAUGUAUCUCAGUGGUAUGAGCAGCAAUGCAGCAUAUGGAGGGAAGAUCUCAGAGCUGUCUUUUCACCUAGACAAACCUGUGUGUUUCAGUCAUGGAGUAGAAGGGUCCCCCCACCUUGUGCAGGAGUAUGCAUAGUGUGAAAGGUUAUUUAACAAUCUCUACCCUUGAAGUAAAGUUCCUUUGUUUUGGGCUGAAGAUGAAACAGAGAGAUAACAGGGGAAAAAAAAUAUCAAAUAUUUGUAAAUGCCUCAAAGAUAAAUUAAGUUAUAUCAGUGUUUCUUCUUCAGAUGUGUGAAAGCAAGUUAUUUAAAGCUGAAUGUACCAGCUGAAAACAUACUGAAAAACAAAGUAGUUACCAUUGGCCUAUUGAUUCAGAGAAUCUAGAUUACAUGUUUCUGUCCAAAAGUCUCUAGUAAUAAAGAGCUCGGUGUGGUAUGAUUUGA